GCCGGAGCUAAAAAAUGAAGCUGCUUCUGGCCAGCCGGACCCUCCCGGUCCCUGAUGGGAUUAAAAUCGAGGUCAAGGGCCGGGCGGUCCGCGUGAAGGGGCCUCGCGGCACCCUCACGCGCGACUUCAAGCACCUGGCUGUUGAUAUGUUCCUCACGGAGCAGGACGGGGCCAAGGUGCUGCAGGUCGACUGCCACUUCGGCAAGAAGAAGCGGCUUGCUUCUAUUCGCACCGUUUGCUCGCAUGUGAAGAACAUGUUCACGGGAGUCACCAAGGGAUUCGAGUACAAGAUGCGCCUGGUGUACGCCCACUUUCCCAUUAACAUCAACAUCGAGAACCAGGGCAAGAAGGUGGAGAUUCGCAACUUCCUGGGCGAGAAGCGCGUGCGCGUUGUCAACAUGCUGGACGGCGUUAAGAUUGCGCGCUCGGAGGGCGUGAAGGAUGAGCUGGUCCUCUCCGGCAACGACUUGGAGAACGUGUCGCGCUCCGCCGCCCUGGUCAGCCAGUCCUGCCGCGUCCGCGUCCUGGAUAUCCGCAAGUUCCUGGACGGCAUCUACGUGUCGGAGAAGGGCCUGCUGGUGAAGGACUAAAUUUCUCGCAGCGUGUGUAACGGCGCAGUAAGAGCCC